AUGAGACCUCUUAGUGGCAAGAAACCCCAUAAGUGUGAGGUAUGUGGGAAGGAUUUCAUUUGUAUCUCAACUCUUAAGAAUCCUGUGACAACACUCACUAGUGACAAUCAGUAUAAAUGUAAUGAGUAUGGGAAAGAUUUCUGUAGUUUCUCGUCCUUUUGGACACAUGUGAGAGGUCACAAGGGUGAAAGUAAAGAAAGUUCUAGUGACCCUUUAUCCCUCCUUUUCUAUAACAGAGAUAAGCCCUAUGAAUGUAGGGAAUUUAGGAAAGCCUUUCAUUUUUCCUCAGCCCUCACUGCACAUUUAGGCACUCACAGUGAAGAGAGGCCUUAUGAAUGUAAGGAACAUGGGAAGGCCUUUGGUUGGCCCUCAUACCUCACUACACAUAUAACAACUCACACUGGAGAGAGGCCUUAUGAAUGUAAUGAAUGCGGGAAAGACUUUAGGCAAUCCUCAAACCUCAUUGUACAUAGAAGGAUUCAAAGUGGAGAAAGACCUUAUGAAUGUAAGGAAUAUGGAAAAGCCUUUAAGUGUUCCUCACAUCUCACUAAUGAUAGAAAAACUCACAGUGGAGACAAGCCAUAUAAAUGUACAGAAUGUGCGAAAGCCUUUAGUCAGGCUUCAUCCCUUAUUACACAUAUAAGAACUCACAAUGGACAGAGGCCUUACGAAUGUAAGGAAUGUGGGAAAACAUUUAGGUAUUCUUCUAACUUCACUUCACAUAUAAGAACUCACAGUGGAGAGAAGCCUUAUGAAUGUAAGCAAUGUGGGAAAGCCUUUAGGCAGUCCUCAGGCCUCAUGACACAUAGAAGAAUUCAUACUGGAGAGAGGCCAUAUGAAUGUAAGGAAUGUGGGAAAGCCUUUACAGAUCCCUCACACCUCACCUCGCAUAUGCGAACUCACAGUGGAGAGAGGCCUUAUGAAUGUGAGGAAUGUGGGAAAGCCUUUAGUCAGUCAGGAAACCUCACUAAGCAUAUAAGAACUCACACUGGGCAGAGGCCUUAUGAAUGUAAGGAAUGUGGGAAAGCCUUUAGUCUGCUCUCAACCCUCACUACACAUAUAACAAUUCACAGUGGAGAGAAGCCUUAUGAAUGUAAGCAAUGUGGAAAAGCCUUUAGCAAGUCCUCAGGCCUCAUGACACAUAGAAGAAUUCAUACUGGAGAGAGGCCAUAUGAAUGUAAGGAAUGUGGGAAAGCCUUUAGUCACUCAGGAAACCUCACUAACCAUAUAAGAACUCACAAUGGGCAGAGGCCUUAUGAAUGUAAGGAAUGUGGGAAAGCCUAUCGUCAGCUCUCAAACCUCACUACACAUAUAAGAACUCACAGUGGAGAGAAGCCUUAUGAAUGUAACCAAUGUGGGAAAGCCUUUAGGCAGUCCUCAGGCCUCAUGACACAUAGAAGAAUUCAUACUGGAGAGAGGCCAUAUGAAUGUAAGGAAUGUGGGAAAGCCUUUACAGAUCCCUCACACCUCACCUUGCAUAUGCGAACUCACAGUGGAGAGAGGCCUUAUGAAUGUGAGGAAUGUGGGAAAGCCUUUAGUCACUCAGGAAACCUCACUAACCAUAUAAGAACUCACAAUGGGCAGAGGCCUUAUGAAUGUAAGGAAUGUGGGAAAGCCUUUCGUCAGCUCUCAAACCUCACCACACAUAUAACAAUUCACAGUGGAGAGAAGCCUUAUGAAUGUAAGCAAUGUGGGAAAACCUUUAGGCAGUCCUCAGGCCUCAUGACACAUAGAAGAAUUCAUACUGGAGAGAGGCCAUAUGAAUGUAAAGAAUGUGGGAAGGCCUUUCGUACUUGCUCUUCUCUCACAAGACAUAUAAAAACUCAUAGUGGAGGACUUAGGAAUGUAAGGAGCGUGAGAAAGCCUUUCCCUGUUCAUCACACCUCACAUCACAUAUAA